AUGACUUCAGAUAGUAUUGAAACACUUAGAGGUGACCUUCGCCAUGCGUGCCAGCUUCUUUCCAAAGUCAAUCUCUAUCAAGCAGCAAAAUGGUGUGCUGAGGCACUCAAUGGCCUAACACAAGGCACAUCAACAACUUACUCCAAUCCACAGUUAGAUGCUCAAGAAGAGCACGAACAGGAUAAGAUCAUGCUAGCAAGCACAUAUUUCAACUGCAAAGACUUUGAGCGAGCGGCACAUACUUUAUCAGGAUGUAAGAGUGGGAUAGCAGUGUUCAUGAAGUUAUACUCCAUAUAUAUCUCCAUUGAUAAGAGGGAAACUGAGGCAAGAGAUAGCAGUAUUAACGUUAUAUCAAGUUCUAGUGUGAGCAAUGAAAAAGGUUCUACCAACUACAGAUUGAGUCAAAUAGCGGGCGAAGCCGAUAGCUACAAUUCGAAUCCAGCAAAUCAGCCCAAUGGACUUCUCUAUUUCCUCAAUGGUAUGAUUUGCAACAAAAGGAAAAAACCCACUCUUGCUCAGACAUAUCUAGUCCAGUCGCUCGAGUUAUUUCCCUAUAAUUGGUCGGCUUGGAAGGAACUUAUAUCAUGUUUCACAGCUUAUGAUGAGGUGAUCUCUUUCAUCAACGAGACAAAGGCGAAUAAACCUCAUUUCGCUAGUCACAUAAUGUUCCAAUUUUUUGAAGUGGUGGUGCUACAAGAAUUCUACCAACAACUGCCGCUUCUAGUCGACACAUUGAUGUCUCUCAUCGAAAUUUUCCCGUCAUUCACCUUUCUUAAAGUCCAGAAAUUUCUCAUCGCAUAUCACAGCUUGGACUACUAUACCGCAGAAGGAAUCUUUGACCAGGUACUUCUCGAAGAUCCCUUUCGCCUUGAUGACCUUGAUACAUUUUCAAAUAUGCUCUAUGUUAUGGAAAAAAAACCAAAGCUUUCAUUUCUAGCUCAAUUUGCAUCUGCAAUCGACAAGUAUAGACCGGAAACUUGUUGCAUAAUUGCCAACUACCAUUCAAUGAAAUGUGAACACGAGAAGGCAAUAAUGUACUACAAGCGUGCUCUUACGCUCAAUAAAAACUGUCUUAGUGCUUGGACUUUGAUGGGACACGAAUUCGUGGAGCUUAAGAAUUCACACGCUGCCAUAGAAUCUUACAGAAGAGCGGUUGAUACAAACCCCAGAGACUUUCGUGCUUGGUAUGGUCUUGGCCAGGCAUAUGAGGUAUUGGAUAUGCAUCUAUAUGCUCUAUACUACUAUCAGAGAGCCACCAGUUUGCAACCGCUCGACACCCGAAUGUGGCAGGCUAUAGGAAAUUGUUAUGAGAAGAAUGAGAAAUACGAAGAAGCGUUCAAGUCGUUUGAAAAAGCAUUACAGAUAGAAAGCUUCAACAAGAGUAACGAGGUCGAGAGCCAUGAGCCUCACAUCUCUUAUCGACUUGCAACUCUUUCUGAUAAGAUUGGUAACCUUGGAGACACAUACACAUACAUGAAGCUUUGCCUUGAGCUGGAACAGGAUUGGGGUAUCAGUGACGAAACGUCCAAGGCUCGUUUGUGGCUUGCUCGCCAUGCUCUUAAAAACAAACGAUACGAAGAGGCUCACAACUAUGCAAAAGAUCAAAAUUACAACAACGCUCAUGACAUAGAAGAAGCUCGUGCCAUAGCUAGAGAAGCUCGGAGCAGAAUGACGGCAUAA